UCCAAAAACGAUAACAGACUGGAAUCCGUUUUGCUGCAGCUAUACUUUUGAGUUGAUAAAUGUGGCCUCAAGCUGAAUAGCAGGUUCACACAUCCUAGAAUUUGCCAUUAAUCCUGUUUGGAAAGGGUUAAUGCAGACAGUUAUUAGGGACACUGGGAAAUCCAUUUAAAGUGUGCGUCAAUUAACAGGAUCAGGAUAUAAUCUUCUGCCUCAGCACAAGAAGGAUUUUGUCAAGGACACUGAUUUCUCGCUGGUGGACUGCUUGCCUGAACAGGCGUUGGAUCUCAAGAAGAAGUAACUCACUUGCUAAGAGCAACAGGACCCAGCAAUGUUUAGCUGGAUCGAGAAAGUCAUCCCCCAGCCUCCUGACACACCAAGAAAAACAUCUGCCGAGGCCCAGGAGGGCUGCCAAGCUGCUGAAAAUGUCCAACAGAAGUGUGAUGAGAAGGAGAAAUGUCUGAUAAAGGAGGCUGACAACCCUCCAGCUGUAGUAAAAACUCAAGAAGAGGAGCAAGAGUCUGACAAAGGGGCCGCAGGAGUACUCACCUGGCUGUCCCAGGGUUUAGGAAGAGUAAUCCCUCAACCUGUUGAGAGCCCUACACUUUCAAGAGCAAAUAAGGAGAGUACAGUGCCAGCAGUGGUGGAGCAGAAAGAGGUACCAUUGAGGGAGACAGUGGAAAAGCCAACUGAGAUCAAAUCUACAGACCACACAGAAAGUGCUCCAACAGGGGUCCUCUCCUGGUUGUCUCAGGGCUUGGAAAAAGUGGUUCCUCAACCUUCAUGGACACCAAAGACGGGGAUCAGUGGGGGAACGGAGGGUUGUGCAGUAAUUGUAGAACCGGAACCACCAAGAGAAGAAAAAAGCAUAGUUGUAGAAGAGGCAAAGGUUUCUCCUCCAACACCAGUACAAACUCCUGCCUCAGCUCCAGUGCCAGACUCCCAACCAGCCAUUAUUGAGGUGCAGCCAGCAGCCAGCUCAGAACCAGAGGUCUCCGCAACAGACAAAGGGUCAGGGGCUGGAGUCCUGGGGUGGCUCAUGCAGGGUCUGGGGAAAGUUGUACCACAGCCAGAUCAUGUUGCUCCAUCUGCUACUAAAGUAGAGGAAGAGAAGCCCAAGGAGGAGGAAGAAGAGAAGCCUGUGCAAUUGCCCCAGAAAGACACCAGGAGAAGCAGUGACACAGGGGUUUUCAGCUGGAUUACGCAAGGUAUAGAGAAGGUUAUUCCCCAGCCAUCUGUCAUAGCAAAGCAGGAUUCUCAGACCAUCAUCCUAUGCCCAGUGGAGGAAAUUUGUAUCCUGCCGGCUAGCCCUGAGGAUAAUCUAUUUGUGGAAGACUUAGAGGCUGUGAAUAGCCAUGCAGAUGAAACAGAAGAACAGUGCUCAGCCCCAGCUCCAGCACUAAAGGAUAACGAAGAAGAAGAAGGGAGAGCUCCAACCAAUUUCCCAGAAGAAAUGUGCAGAAGUACCAGCAGUCCUGAGUGUGGAGAAGAUGAUUUGAAAACCAAAGACAAGACUAAAACCUUUAGUGAAGAAAGUCAGAUUUACAAAGAUUUCAUUCAGACAUGCAUUGUAGAUGAUGCAAAAAUAGAACAACUGUCUGAAAAUAAUGAAUCUGAUAGUAUUUAUGGUGAAAGCUCAGUUCAGCUUUUAGAAGAUAUGACAAAUCUAAAUGACAGAUUACAAACAACAGAAGGAAAAUUGCAUAUAAAUGAAAUAGAAACACAAAAUGGACAGAAUAAGAUACAAAUAAGGGGUACAAGCCAGGAAUGUGUAGAAAGGGAAAUACAAACUAGGCCAAUCAGAGACUGUCAGCAAAUUACAGACACACACGCACAGUCUGAGAAACAUGGACAUCUUGACAUAGGCCAAUGUUUAAAUGACAAUUCAGAUCAAUGUGUAGAAGGAUGGCAAAACCAGGAUAAAGAAAAUGAAAUGAAGGGAUCUGAAAUAGGCAGCAAUGAUGCAAGAGAUGUAAACACUGAUAGUGAAGAUGGCCAGUGUGAAGAUAACAUUAAUGGAAAAGUUGCAGAUAAAAACAUCAGUCUGGAAGAACCUUUAAUUGUUGAACAAACACAACAAAUUAUUAUUGAGGACAGAAAAAUACAAGAACAUAAAAAGACUGAGUGGUUGAAUGAGCCUCAGCCUGAUGUGGAGACUGAGAUGGAGUUAGAUUUUCACUCAACAGAAGACACAUAUUUUCAAUCUUAUGGGUGUGAACACAGUCGGCAUGCUAUCUGGCAAGAACAAAAUCAGCAAGAGGACAUUAAAACACAGAGUUUCUGUGAAUUACAAUCAGAAAGAGAGAUAAAGGAGACAGAAGCCCAAUAUGAAAUGGAAAAAAUGCCUACAGCUGAGGAAGACCUGUGCAAGACUGCAGAUGAAACAGAUCCUAGGGAGAGCAUAAAGGGGCAAAUUAUGGAAGAUACGAGUGUGGAAAACAUUGAGUAUAAAGAUACAGGUGAUAGAUUUGAUGAGAAUGUAACAGAAGUUAUUGAAAAGAUAAACAUGGACAUUCAAGCCACAGAAAAUGAGCUAAGCACACACAUAACAGCUGAUACCCAAAAUGAUGAGGACAGACAUAUUCAGACUGAGGAACGUCAUACACAAACUGAAGACCCAGUCUGUCAGAAUGUGGAAGAGAGACAGCUAUCUUAUGAUGAGGAUCAGCAGAUACUAACUGAGGAAAGAGAGACCCAAACUGAUGAAAGAUUCAGUCCACCAGUACAAAAAAUAAAAUAUGAAUAUGAAGACGUAAUGUCUCAGCAGGAAGAGCUGGUGUAUCAUAAUAAUGAUAAAGACUUACAACAUGAAGAAAAUGAGUCAAGGGAUGAAAAUUUAGAGAAAACAUAUGAAGAGUCCCACGAUGAUGUCAUAGAGUCUAAACACGAAGCGUCAGAAUUGCAGCAUUUAGAGCAACAGUCACAGGAUAAAGAAAUAGAGUUCCCAAAUGAUAGGAAAGAGUCUCAACAUGCUGGAGAAGAUCAGGAUUUAGAAAGAGAGGUGCAGAAUGGAAAGAUAAAAAGCGAAAUUGAUGAGACAGGGAGCAAAAGUGAGAGAAUAGAGUGCCUUAGUGAGAAGACAGAAAACCAAACCGAGGAAGAAGAAAAAUACAAAGAAGAAAAGAAACAUAAUGAAGAGGCAAUAUUUCCUAAACCAGGAGAGCAUUCAAUGACUGAACAUGUAUAUGAAACAGAUAUGCAAUUUGAAGAGAGAACUCUUCAGUCUACAAUGGAAAUACAAACCCAUUACUCAAAGAAAAGAAAUUCUCUUGAGAAGAAAAAAAUUGAAGAGGAAGUAAUGAAUGAAAGACUUAGAAAAGCCAAAAAUAUAAUUCCUGAAACUGUUUCAAACUAUGACAAAAAUGAUGCAGAAGAAGUUGCAUUGACUUCUAAAGCCAUAAAUUCUGAUCAAGUCAAGGAAGAAUUAGAAAACAAAGGUGUUGCUACAGCGGAGGAGGUUUCACACAUAGAAACAGAAUGUCCCCAGGAAGUAAUGCAAUAUGGGGACCUGACAUGUGACUCUGCCCUAAUCACCCUCCCAGAUGCCGAAGACCAAAAAGAGACAAAAGGGGUUGAUAAGGAAGUGUUGGAAUCUGAAAUCGAGCGCCUCUCCUGGAUCACAGAAGAAGACGAAGACGAGUCUGAGCUCCAGAUAUCAUAUUAUCACAGCGAAAGUGAAGACGAAAUCAAGGUGUCACACGAGGUGAUUCUGGAGGCUCCAUCUGAAUACCUGGACACUUCAGUGCUUGUAGCUACACAAGCUGGAGUGGAUGAGAGCAAUUAUUUAAACCAGGCCUCUGAGAAGGCUUUAAGCACCUUGUUAUUGCCACUACCUGGUCCUGCUGUUAUGUCCCGCCACAGUGCAGAUGUAGAGUUGUCCCGCCUGGUGCCUGAAGGUGCCCGGGAUGGAUGCCAUUCCCAAUCCGCAAUACCUGAUGCUGUAGAUGACCUACCUAAUGUACCCAGCUACCGAGCCCCACCUCUCUCUCUGAGCUUCAAACAUGGAGUGCUGAAUCCUUCCUUCCUAGGGGAUAGUGGCUCUCCCCCUUAUGGCUUAGAUGGGGUUCCCUUCACACAUCCAGCAGUCAGUAUUGAAGAUGUGGACUCUGGUAGUAUUACGGAUGCUCUGGAACAUGAAGACUUUAUGAGGCCUCCUAUGUCACCAUGCAGACAUAGGACUCUUACAGUGCCUGUCACAUCUUUGCCUGCAAAAAGUAGGAAGAGGACACAAUCCCAAGAAGACAUGGAGGAGAUGUCUGAUGCUGCACCAGAGGAUGAAGAGGUUAUGGAGAGAUCUGCUUCAGCAAUCAGUCAGAGCAGCGCAAUAAUAACAGAGCGCCUGCAGGAACUGGUCCGCUUGUUCAAGGACCGGACAGAACGUGUGAAGGAGAAACUGAUUGACCCUGAACUGUCCUCUGAAGAUGAAAGUCCAUCUGCCUCUCCUUCCAAAAAAGCUGCAGCACCCCCUCCUCCUCCUCCUCCUCCUCCCCCACCAGCUGAAGAGAAGAAGGUAGAUGUUGAAGCCCCAGCAGAAGCGGAACAUUACUGUGAAAUGCUAUGUUGCAAGUUCAAGACCAGACCCUGGCAUAACCGUCUCCUGAAACUCAAAUUUCCAUCCAGCAUUGACCCUCUGACUAAUGUUAUGUAUGUGUUGUGGCUAUUUUUUGUUGUAUUGGCGUGGAACUGGAACUGCUGGCUAAUCCCUGUGCGCUGGGCUUUCCCAUACCAAACGUCAAGCAACAUCCAUUACUGGCUGCUCAUGGAUUACCUGUGUGACCUUAUCUACCUGCUAGAUAUUACCCUGUUCCAGGCCAGGCUACAGUUUGUCCAAGGAGGAGACAUCAUUACAGAUAAGAAAGAAAUGCGUAAGCAUUACUUCAAGACUGAACGAUUUAAGAUGGAUCUCAUUUCUCUCCUCCCAUUGGAUCUUCUUUAUUUGAAAUUUGGCGUCAAGUCUUUAUUGAGAUUGCCACGUAUUUUAAAGUACAUGGCUUUCUUUGAAUUUAACAGUCGAUUGGAAGCCAUCCUGAGCAAGGCUUACAUAUACAGAGUUAUUCGAACCACUGCUUACCUUCUCUAUUGCCUGCAUAUGAAUGCCUGUCUAUACUACUGGGCCUCUGACUAUGAGGGCAUAAAAUCCACCCCAUGGGUCUUUGAUGGUGAAGGGAACAGUUAUAUCCGUUGCUACUACUGGGCUGUGAAGACCUUGAUAACCAUUGGAGGACUUCCUGACCCAGGCACGCUUUUUGAACUCUGGUUUCAGCUACUAAAUUACUUCAUGGGUGUGUUUGCCUUUUCCGUCAUGAUUGGUCAGAUGAGAGAUGUGGUUGGGGCAGCGACAGCAGGACAGACAUAUUACCGGAGUUGUAUGGAUAGUACCAUCAAAUACAUGAACUGCUACAAGAUUCCUCGACCUGUGCAAAACCGUGUCAAGAUGUGGUAUGAGUACACAUGGCAAUCCCAGGGCAUGCUCGAUGAAUCAGAACUCAUGGUUCAGCUUCCUGAUAAGAUGAGAUUGGACCUUGCUAUAGAUGUCAAUUACAGUAUUGUGAGCAAUGUAGUUCUAUUUCAGGGGUGUGACAGGCAGAUGAUUUAUGAUAUGCUGAAGAGACUGCGCUCUGUAGUUUACUUACCUGGAGAUUAUGUCUGCAAAAAGGGGGAAAUUGGCCGGGAAAUGUAUAUUAUCAAAGCCGGAGAAGUCCAAGUGCUAGGAGGUCCUGAAGGCAAAACUGUACUAGUCUCUUUAAAAGCUGGGUCAGUGUUUGGAGAAAUCAGUCUGCUCGCUGUGGGAGGUGGAAACAGACGCACAGCAAAUGUAGUUGCUCAUGGAUUUACCAACCUUUUCAUUCUGGAUAAAAAAGACCUGAAUGAAAUUUUACUUCAUUAUCCUGAAUCCCAAAAGCUCUUGCGCAAGAAAGCAAAAAAAAUGUUGAAGAAUAGCAGCAAACCAAAAGGAGAGGGUGGUCAAGAAAAAGGAUUUAAGCACAUCAUCCCUCCAAGGCCAGAGACCCCAAAACUCCUAAAGGCUGCACUUGCCGCUACUGAAAGAAUGGGUUUCAAGGGAUUUUCCAAACUAAGGCGUAGGAUGAAAGUGAAGAAAACUAUAGAGCCCACCUCAACCAGUCCUGUUCCACCUGGAUCACCCGUGCACAGGCGAUCCCCAGUUCCCCAGAUCAAGCCUGAUGACGACACUACUGAAAUUGUAUCCGAGUCUGCAGACAACACAGUGUUUAUUCGUGUCAGCCCAUCACCACGGGGUGAUGAACAGAUCCUUUCUGUGGAAGUGACAGCUCCAGAGGAUCAAGCUAAAUAAAGAUAACAAAGAAGUCAAUAGGGAUGAAAGUUAGCAAGUUGGGGCACCCUUUUGCUCCACUCAAUAAACCCUUGCUCACAAAUAUGAGCUGUACCGUGGGUUCCCCCGGACUAAUGGUAAUGGUGAUGCCUCUCUUUAGUUGGGCAAAGAGCAUGGGUAUCACUCACUGCAUCAGUUCAAGUCUUUCUCUGCAAAUAUAACACUGACAAACCCCUGUGAUAAAGGAGGCAGGCAUCCCUGUCCCUAAAGUAACAUAUAGAAGGAAAACAUCUGCUGUACUAUUUUACUACAAGUAGAAAGAUACAUCCAAGCUUUGUUUAGUCAGCUGCUACAGAGUAAAUAUAUUCUCUUUCAAGAGAGCAAUCAACUGAUCUUUAUUUGUAUUCAGAGUUCUGUGCUGUUAGGAAACAUUUAUAUGUUUGCUGAAAAAAUUCCCACUUUCUCUUAUCGUUGUCAUCAAGAAUUUAAUUUAAGCAACAGAUCUGUCUCUA